GAUUGUCUAUUACAUCGGUUUUCUUUUAAUUAUAAAUCUGGAUAGAUAUCCGAGAUCUUUUCAGUUAAAUCCGACUCAUCCUUACAUAUUAGUAUUACAAGACUAUUCAUUUAUUCAAUUAGUAAUGACCCAAAUGAAGACAUCAAUUAUUCCCCACAAACUCAAGAGAUUAUAUGACUUAUACUACUACUGUAGUCCAAUCCCAGUUCUUUCCACUGGCGAAACCAUAAUCUUUAACCUUAUUAAUCUAACCAUCCUUCUAGUGAGUGCCUACUAUGCCGUUUAUUUUCUCCCUACCGUACUUACAAGAGCUAUAGAGAAGUUGUGGUUUUAUAUUACUGGUCAAAUUGUCAUCGUCAAUUCCUUCUUCCCAUUUGCAUUACUGAACAGUUCUCAGAUAGUGGGAGCAUCGAAGAAUUUCACCGGAUGAACCAGUAGUACUAGUUAUGUGUGAUGUGAUGAAAUAGUUUUCCGUUUUAAUUUAUGUUUAUAUGUAUUUAUUUUCAGUUCUUUUAAUAUGAUUCAAUACUACAGUUUUACUUGAUUCCUCCUUCC